AUGCCGCUGGACACAUCAUCAUACACGCUUGCGCAUCUGCGCCUGGACGGAAGGAGAUGGAACGAGUUGCGACGAUGCCAUGGACAAAUGUCGACACAGGCGGCCGCCGACGGCUCCAGCUACCUCGAGAUGGGCAACACAAAGGUCAUUUGCACGGUCACUGGUCCAACCGAAUCGCGACGUGGAGGAAACAUGGGCAAUGCUGAAGCAAAGAUUGAGGUCGAGAUUGGCCUGGCCGGCUUCAGCGGUGUUGAGCGCAAGAGACGUGGAAAAGGUGACAAGCGCACAAGCGAAAUGCAGCACACAAUCGCCUCGGCCUUCGCAGACACCCUCUCAACCCAGUUGUACCCUCACAGCACAAUCACCGUCAACCUGCACAUCCUCUCUCAAGAUGGCUCGUUACUAGCCGCCUGCAUCAACGCCUCGACUCUCGCUCUCAUUGACGCCGGUAUCCCCAUGACCGACUACAUCUCAGCCUGUACAGCUGGCAGCACCGCAUCCUACGCUUCAAACGAUGAACAAGCCGACCCUCUGCUCGAUCUGAACGGCAUGGAAGAGCAAGAGCUGCCUUUCCUGACUGUCGCAACCCUGGGCACAGACGACAAGAUCAGCGUUCUCAUGAUGGAGACCAGAGUCCAGCUCACUCGUCUCGAGGCCAUGAUUGCUGUUGGUGUUGAUGGCUGCAAGCAAAUCAGAAACACUCUCGAUGGCAUUGUCCGCCAGCACGGAAACUCUUUGCUGCAAAAGACCGUCACCUGA